AUGGAGGAUUAUGAGCAGAGAAAGGUUGGAGAGAAGGAGAUGGAGGGGUCACUUUGUGACCACAUGUUCCCGGCGCAGAUGAGAGGAGCUUGGGUUAGCUCGAUGCUAACCCUCGUAAUGGCCAUGUGUAUCAUGCCAUCACCCCGCGCAGUCGGGGAAUACAUCGAGAGGCACUGGGAAAGCCUCAAAAAAUAUUGUCCGCCAAAUUUGGACAAAAAAUAUUUUGUAAAUGAGGCUAAGGAGGUAGGCAACGAGGACUGGGAAGCAUCGCCGAUGCUGAUUGAAGUGAUAUGCCGCCUGAAAAAUUUCCAGCUUAUGGUCCACCUAAUUGGCACGGGUGGCCGUAGCUGGAUGUUCGGGGGUAGAGGACCGGUGCGGCAAGCCAUCAAGUCGAGUUUGGGCUAUGCGCCGCUAAGAUUUCCGCAAUCCGAGCGGUUUGCCGAGAAGGAACGAUGGACGACGGAGGCCCAACAAGUCACACCCGUCAUCGUUAUAACGCCCCCAACGCCGCCACCAGUACCCCGAAUAAUUGUAACGCCGCCGACCCCUACCGCAUCACCACCACCACAAGCGCCCCGUUAUAAUUUAAGAAGUAAUACCGCCAACGUCCCCGUCCCCAAUGUCCCCGAAGAAAGGAGGACCCGAUCGAGACCCGCCCCGUUCAGACCCGCUAAUAUCGAGCACCUUGCCCCGGAGUACGCCAUCGAACUCGCGGCCCCAACAACACCGGCCUAUGAAAUAAUAAACGAUAAAAUAUAUUGCCGAUUAGAGAACUGUGCCAGGCCGGGGGCACCAUUCGAAACAGCAGCCGCAUGGAUGACGCACGUACGACGGGGCAAAUGCCAUUCUAAUAACAGUAUCACUAUGCACGGGUUGCGGGUACCACAUCCGAAUGCCCUACGGCCUCUCCUUGGCCCAAAUACAACUACGAAUGCAGGAUCACCGCCAGGAGAGGUGCCUGCGCGUGUCAAAGAAGACCAUCGAGGCACGCCAGGUCGCCGUGUCUCGUCUUCGGGAGUUGGGCCGGGACGAAACACAUUUCGUCCUCCCGACAACUGGAGCGGGCGAAGGGGUGGGUAUGUCGCGACCCUUGAAGCGGCAUCUCCGCUCCGAGGCGGACCGUAG